UUUUGUCAACAACAUGCCACUUAUUAAGCUCCUUAUUCUGUGUAGGGUGAAUUUUUUUAUUUAUUUUUAACAACUUUCUAGAUAAUUAUGUUGUGUGGACAUUUACCGUGUGAUACCAUCGUGGGAAAAACAAGAUAAAGGUUAGCAUGCUACAGAAACGUGAGCAAGCGCACCUUGCAUAAGGCUUGACGUUAACGAAUACGAUUGGUCCUCUUCUAUCCGCGUACAUCAUUGGGUGGAGUUAUUGGUAAAUAAUUUCGCAUGGCAGAUAAUGUUGUCCGAUUAAUAUAACAAUAUCGUUAAUUCUAUAGCAACAUAUUCGAAUGAUAUUGGAAUACCGCUAUUUAAAAAUAUAAUAUAUCAUAGAAACGUUCUACUUCUUGCGUUUUCUUUCAUUCACGCGCUGUAACUGAGUCCUUUUGCAUAAAAAUAGCUACAUACGACACAACUACUAGAGCUUCCAUUUGUUGAGCUGCUAGGCUAACUAGCUUGCUAGCAGGCCUACUAUACUUUUUAUUUUACUUUCGUUUUGAAAAACAUGUAAUUGUAAAAUAAAUCUUGCGUUGAAUAUCCUUGAUAUAUAUUUGCUAAGAGUGAAGACGUGUCGAUAGACUAUCAGCAUUCAGCUAACCAAUGCGACACAGACAGAUCAACACAAUGGCAAAAUUCAUGGACCAAGGUUAGAUAACUUCGGUAGCAAAACGUAUACCGGCAAAGAGAGAGGCUAUUGUUUUAUCUUUUAAGCGUUUCGUUUUGACGUCACCGAAGCGGUUUCACGAAGACUAGUUCGGUGGGCUUUAAACCAGAGACCGCAGGUAAAAUGGUCGUCAACACGAUUCACUGGUUCAGGAAAGGCCUACGUCUACACGACAACCCAUCUCUGAAGGAGUCUAUUAGGGGAGCGGACACCCUUCGCUGUGUCUACAUUCUUGACCCCUGGUUCGCGGGGUCCUCCAACGUGGGCAUCAGCAGGUGGAGGUUUUUGCUACAGUGUCUGGAGGACCUGGAUGCCAGCCUCCGGAAACUCAAUUCUCGUCUGUUUGUCAUCCGGGGCCAGCCUACAGAUGUUUUCCCCAGGCUAUUCAAGGAAUGGCAGAUCAGUCGGCUGUCUUAUGAGUACGACUCCGAGCCUUUCGGGAAGGAGAGGGACGCUGCGAUCCGGAAGCUGGCCAGCGAGGCUGGGGUCGAGGUCACCGUCAAAGUCUCUCACACCCUUUACGACUUGGACAAGAUAAUUGAGUUGAACGGAGGCCAGUCCCCUCUCACCUACAAGCGUUUCCAGACCCUUAUCAGUCACAUGGAUCUUGUGGAGAUGCCCGCUGAGACCAUCACCGCUGAGGUCAUGAGGAAAUGCGCCACGCCCCUCAGCGACGACCACGACGACAAGUUUGGCGUGCCCUCCCUGGAGGAGCUUGGGUUUGAGACAGAAGGCUUGGUUACAGCAGUAUGGCCGGGAGGAGAAACUGAGGCCCUCACUCGUCUGGAGAGGCAUCUGGAGAGAAAGGCGUGGGUGGCCAACUUCGAGAGGCCCCGGAUGAACGCCAACUCCCUGCUGGCCAGCCCCACGGGUCUCAGCCCGUACCUCCGCUUCGGCUGCCUCUCCUGUCGCCUCUUCUACUUCAAACUCACCGACCUCUACAGGAAGGUGAAGAGAAACGGCUCGCCGCCGCUCUCGCUCUAUGGACAGCUGCUGUGGCGUGAGUUCUUCUACACCACGGCCACCAACAACCCCCGCUUUGACAAAAUGGAGGGCAACCCCGUGUGCGUGCAGAUUCCCUGGGACCGAAACCCGGAGGCGCUGGCCAAGUGGGCCGAGGGGAGGACCGGGUUCCCCUGGAUCGACGCCAUCAUGACCCAGCUGAGGCAGGAGGGCUGGAUCCACCACCUGGCCCGGCACGCCGUGGCCUGCUUCCUGACCCGGGGGGACCUGUGGAUCAGCUGGGAGGAGGGCAUGAAGGUGUUUGAGGAGCUGCUCCUGGAUGCCGACUGGAGUGUGAACGCCGGCAGCUGGAUGUGGCUGUCCUGCAGCUCCUUCUUCCAGCAGUUCUUCCACUGCUACUGUCCCGUGGGCUUCGGCCGGCGAACGGACCCCAACGGAGACUACAUACGGCGGUACUUGCCCAUACUGAAGGGCCUCCCAGCCAAGUACAUCUACGACCCGUGGAACGCACCCGAGGGUGUGCAGAAGGCCGCCAAGUGCGAGAUUGGCGUUCACUACCCCAAGCCCAUGGUGAACCACGCCGAGGCCAGCUGCCUCAACAUUGAGAGAAUGAAGCAGAUCUACCAGCAGCUGUCCUGCUACCGAGGCCUGGGGCUACUUGCGACAGUGCCUGCUAAUUCUAAUAAUGGUGGAAACAGUGCUGGGGGGAUUCCAGUUCCAGUGCCAGGACCCUCGCCUGAGGAAAUCCACAACGAUGGAGCCGUUCAAGCAGGCAGAGGGCAGUUUGCUGUGAAGCGCCGCAAUGAGGACCUCAUACCUGGCGUCAGCAGCAAGGCCCGGAGGCAGACCAGCAAUUAGUCCCUGAAGAAGAGAGGAGGGGAUUUCCUGGAUGUUAGUCGCUCUGCAUCUGCUUCCCUGAAACAUUGAUCACACUAGCAGCAUCACUCAAUUGCACACAUUCAUUACCAUUCCCUGGGUUCGCCACGCAGAACAACACACUGCAACGUCCAGCUGCAACAGCAGCACUGCAAAGGCCAGGCAAAUGAUUUGGAAAUGGGUGUAAUUAUGGUGCACCGAAAUGCAAUCACGCUGUUGGUGUGAUCGAGGCAUGACGAACUGUACAAAUCUACCUCAUCGGUGUGAGCAGGAAGUGAUUAGACGAGGGUCGGCUUCAAGCGUCUGAUACUGACCUCUGACAGUGGUCUGUCACGUUAGCUGGCUACACCAACAUCAGGUCCCAUGACGAGAGCUGGUUGCAGAUUAUGACUUUAAGCCUCCGUGGCGAAUUUCAAACCCGUAACUCAAAUCACAAGCCCAUCCACCCCUUUCACAAGAUUACUCCCAAUAUCUACUUCACAACUCCAAAUCUUCUUGUAUAAAAUGUAAAGAUAUGAAUGUUAUCACCUGAUACUGAAAAUGUGCUAAGGAUUUCAAGGCACAAGCUGAAAACACUGAGGGUUUUGUGGUUUGAGCCUGGGGGGCAUGUUGUGGGCAGGAUGAUGUACAGUCCCAGCCAUAGAGAAUGGCAUCUGCCUCAGUCUGAUAUCAUUAACCCUGUAUAACCUGGAAUUGAAAGUCCUAUAGUUAUUAUGGGGUAUAACGUGGCCUUCAAGUGCUGUAGGAAAUGUAGAAAUACAGUGUUCUGAGCAGCAUUCAAAGACUAUUUAGAGGUGCAUUAUAUAUUUUAUAAUUUUUUUCUCUAUUGCCCUCUGUAAAGUUAGGAAAUUGAAUCCUGUCUGUCUAUAGGUGAGCAAUUUCAACUCAGAAUUUGUACAGUAAGAAUUUGAUAUUGUAUGUUUUGUUAUAUUCUUUCUGGUGAAGUUAUUUUUGUAUAUUCUGAUGUUUUGACUUCUUUAUGGAUCUAAUUAAAAUAUGAAACUAUUAA